ACACUGUGCUUCUCACUGGUGCCCAUUCGUUUUGCUAGCUAGACAACACACAGUUCCACGUAGCAGCAGUAGGAUAGCUCGGUCCAGUACGUCGUCUCGGGUGAGCCAGAGCAGACCGAUGGCGCUCUCUCGUCGCAGGGCCCCUUCCGCUCUCCUCCUGCUGGUCCUCCUUGUGGCCACAGAGAUGGGGGCGACGACGACCAAGGUGGCGGAGGCGCGGGACUGCGUGUCGCAGAGCCACAACUUCAAGGGCGCCUGCCUCAGCAGCAGCAACUGCGCCGCCGUCUGCCGCACCGAUAACUUCCCCGACGGCGAGUGCCACACGCCGCACUUCGAGCGCAAGUGCUUCUGCAAGAGGCUCUGCUAGUCCGCCCGCUCGCCCCGUCCUGCCGAGACGUCCCAUGCAUGCUACUGUAGGUCAUCCGUGCCGUUAGCUCGUUCUGUUCCGUUCGCCAGUGCGUCCACGUUCGACGCUACUUGUUCGUGUGUCCCGCUAGGUAAAACUAAUAAAGUGGAAAAUCAAUCGGGGUCUCUCGAGUUUAGUUGGCUGUACGUGGUGUUGGUUGGCACCUGAUUUGUGUGUGGUGAACUGGUGAUGUAAUAAAUAUGGUCGUUGUUUCA